AACGAAAAUGCGACCGGAAAAGGGAGCAGAGUUUACCUUCCACAUAUUUCUUUACUUCCAAACUGCUGAGAGGACUCUUGAUUAGUCUCCUACAUGGCGGCUAACAGCGAUUUCCUCUUAAAUUUUCAAGAAUUUGACAGUUCUGAGAGCCAUUUGGGAGGGAACGGAGAUGCGACUACCAUCAGUAUCGAGGACACAGCAGCAGGAAGUCACAAACCUCAGAAACAGAGGAGAUCUGCACCUGUGACAUCCUUCGAAGAGGACAAUGACCCAUUGGCCAAUGACGACAAGACUGAGGUGAGAGAGAGAAUCCUGGGGUCGUUAUUGCCAUGGCCAGGGAAGAAUUUUGUCCAUCUCUACAUCCGCAACAACCCUGAUCUUUAUGGUCCCUUCUGGAUCUGUGCUACUCUGGUUUUUGUCAUCGCCAUCUGUGGAAACAUCUCUAACUUCCUGGUUUACCUGGGGAAACCCCAGUAUAAAUACGUCCCAGAGUUCCAGAAAGUGACCAUUGCGGCGACGGCGAUCUACAGCUAUGCGUGGCUGGUUCCCCUGGCCCUGUGGGGCCUGCUUGUCUGGAGGAACUCCAAGGUUAUGAACAUAGUUUCUUACUCCUUCCUGGAGAUCGUCUGUGUCUACGGAUACUCCCUGGCCGUCUACAUACCCGCUGUGGUGUUGUGGAUCAUCCCGUACGAGGCCGUUAGGUGGUUUUCCAUCGUUGUGGCUCUCUGUCUCUCUGGUUCUGUCCUGGUCUUGACCUUCUGGCCCGCCGUCCGUGACGACCAACGCCGGGUUGCCGUAGCGAUCAUGACAGCCAUCGUGUCGCUCCACAUCCUCUUGGCGUUCGGUUGUAAGGCUUAUUUCUUCAGUACGUUGGAGGUUGAACACACUGCUGUUAAUGCUGUGGUGGGCCAUGGAACCAAGUCAUCUCUAACCAUGAAGAUGCACAGAACUAAUACAAUGUCCUGAGGUAGAAUCGAGUUGCCGUGGCGAUGGUGUCAUGGUGUCGUCUUGGUUACCGACCUGCUGCACCGACCUUGCCUGGGUGGGUCUUCCUGUUAAAGCCCUUAAAGACACAGUAACGGGUUACAGCACGACACACACACCUGGAUUGUAUUCAUUAAGAACCAAAAGGAAGAAAAUGGACUGAAACAAUAAUAAACGCAUAUUUGCGUUUUCCGUUGCAAAGUGUUUUAAAAAAUGUUUUUCAUGUGUAUGUACUUACUAAUGUUUACGACCCUGGUCCGAAGACCUGGGUUGUUUACCAAAUGGCACCCUAUUCUCUAUAUAGUGCACUGCUUUUGACCAGGACCCCAUUAAUGCACUAUGUAGGGAAUAGGGUGCUAUUUGGAACACCCCCCCCCUGCUGACUUCUGGAAACGGACACUGGUGGUGACAACAGAAUGUUAUUUGUAAUGGGAUGGUGUCUGAACUGUUUGCCUUAAUGAUAUAGAAUUAAACAUGCGUUGUGUUACUGGGUAGAGCCAGUCCCUUCCUUGUUUAACUAAUCAUAGUUUUACUGUUAAAUAUAUACAUACAACUUGAUAUUGAUAAGACACUGUUCACAAAAAAAUGUAAUUUGAAA